AUGGCCCCUCCAAAAGGUGAGAAGAAGGCUGAUCCAAAGGCACAUGCCUUGAAAGCUGCUAAGGCAGUCAAGUCGGGCUCUGCUAUUAAGAAGAAGGCGAAGAAGAUCCGAACAACUGUCACUUUCCAUCGCCCGAAGACCCAAACUAAGGACCGAAAUCCUAAGUACCCUCGCAUUAGUGCCACCCCUAGGAAUAAACUUGAUCACUACCAGAUUUUGAAGUUCCCACUCACCACUGAAUCUGCCAUGAAGAAAAUUGAGGAUAACAACACUUUGGUCUUCAUUGUGGAUUUGCGUGCUGAUAAGAAGAAGAUUAAGGAUGCAGUCAAGAAAAUGUAUGACAUCCAGGCUAAGAAGGUUAACACCUUGAUCAGGCCUGAUGGCACCAAGAAGGCCUAUGUUAGGUUGACUCCUGAUUACGAUGCGUUGGAUGUUGCAAACAAGAUUGGCAUUAUCUAA